AUGGCCAAAUUAGCAAAUCAGUGGUACUCUGCCUUGCCGGACAUGGUGUCUCUAACAUAUGGGAGCUGUCGAAUCGAUCUGAAGCUCGUUAUUGAAUGGAUGCUCCUCCAUUUGAUCGAUGAUAAAGAUCAGCUUCAGAAGACCAACUGGAGCAACAAGUUGGUGUUUAACCCUGAGAGAGGCUUCUACCGCUACACUGACACUCUCUCCUCUGCCUGGAAACCUCUCACCAUCCCUCAACUCCGAAAAUAUGCCUCUGAUAACUACUCUCUCAUAUUUAGGUACAUCGUUCUGGACAAAUUUGUCAAAAGGAACCUCUCCUCAGACAUCUUACAGAAGAUCACUAAAGACUUCAUCACCUUAAGGAAUGCUGGCAUGAAGGUGGUGUUGAGGUUCUGCUACUCCCUCAAAAACAGCAACGACGCCACGCCCGCUCAACUGGCGACCCAUAUACAGCAGUUAACACCUCUCCUACGGAAACAUGCAGGGGUGAUAGCAGUGCUCCAGGCCGGCUUCAUCGGGAAGUGGGGAGAGUGGUACUACACUGCUAACUAUGGCAACAAUAGUGUUGUCUCCUCCCAGGACUGGAAGAAGAGAUCCCAGGUGGUGAACCAGCUGCUCCAGGCACUUCCAGCAUCCAGGCAAAUCCAACUGCGAAAUCCAUACUACAAGCAGAAGAUUCUCGAGCGAAAAUCACCCAUCAAAUCGAGUGAAGCCUUCAAAAACAGUCCA